CUCUCCAAUGUUUGGGACACGAUCGAGGACUCGGGCGGUUGCUCGCCCGCAUCACGAACAAAGAUCCAGUCAAACCUUGUCGUCCUCGUACCCGGACCCAGGCCUGUAUGCUUACUCUAUCUCGUUAAGGAAUCAAGACUGAUGUGCGAGCAGGAACAGAAAGAGCGAAAGGCCACCGCUGCCCUGAAGCCUCGACCUAGAGGAAGGCCCAGAGUCAACAAGACAAGGUCGGUCGGGCCGCGAGGGCUCGUUCGAGACUGGCUUGAAAAGCUGCCGGAGAAUCCACUGCAGCGUGGUGAUUCGCAAACUAGCACUCACUUGCGAGAAGGAUUGUCUGCCAUGACUUCGUCUCAGCCGACAGUCUCCCUAUUAUAUGGCUGCAUGGACGUUGAUCAGGAUUCCACCAACGAAUCAGAAAUCUACCAGGCUCUUCUCCAACGACCACGUUAUCGCCACACGCUGUCAAUGAACGGUAUCCGGACCGUUUCGUCACAUGAAGGGGUGCCUGAGCAUAUCAGCCAAAUGCUGAAACAUAUUCUCCCGGAAGAGCCUUUCCAGGUCUGCAAUCCUGAUCAAGCCAUGCACCUUAGACUGAGGGACAUGGCGAUCGAAGGGACAAGGAAGGAUGAGGUCAGGUUCGACCUGAGCUCCAAAUUGUUCUCCAACCUAGCUGCACAUCACCUUGAACUCAACAGAGGUGCCGGGCAUUGGUUGGAGAGAUCGCGCGUCCCGACUACAGAACCCGAUGAUAUAGUCAUCACACCCAAACCAGAUCAGCACCUUGGAUACUGUUGUAGGGCGUUUCCAGUAGAAAAUUUACACGUGCUUCGCGAAAUCAGCAACAGCAUCAUAAAAUUCCCUUUUCUGGAGAUUGAAUACGAGGGAGACGGGAGCGACUCCUCUGGGCGGCUGUGGACUGCCACGAAUCAAUGUCUUGGAGGAACGGCUACAUUUCUAAACAUAUUGGACCAUUUCAAGGCACAGUUGAAUCAUAGGUCUCUGAAAACUCAAUCCGAAGUUAUUGAGCCGAUAGUAUUCAGUGUCGUUACCAAUGGGACGGAGGCAAGGCUCUUCGGUUCUUUCUCCGAUGGGCAAGGAAAUUUCAAUAUGUUUCUGAUCAAAGGGUUCCUGUUAUAUGAGGACCAGGGUCUCGAUAAGCUGGUCGCGUAUCUGACUAAAAUUAUCGAAUGGGGUAAGGGCACUCGUCUAGAUCAGAUUAGGGAUGCAGUAAAAGCGUUGUCAGAGUCUUUUAAGGCGGCUGAAAAUCCACAGAUCGAGAAUCAUGGUUUCAACAUUGGAGGAGAAGAGGAAGAAGGCUCCCCAACUCCAGCGCCGCAAGCAGCAAACACUGUUGCCGGCCGGCCGCUGAAAAAUGGACAGGGCGAGCAGCCGGCCCAAGUGCGCGGUCGUGGACGCCCGAAAAAGAGAAGCCGAGAGCAGGUGAAGGGGAAGGUCGGCCGGCCUCGAAAGAAGCCAAGGCCUACUUAG